GUGAAAUUAAAGUUUGUAAAAAAAGCAGAAAUAUCUACGUCAUUCCAGAAUAAACUCCUUAAUUAUAAGCUACCAUACAUAAGAUAAAUCAAUAACUCUCUCAAUUCUGUAGAAAUAGUAGCGCAGCUGGAAAUAGAUUGAAAUUCUCGUAAAUGGUUGGGAAGCCACAAUAAUUCAACGUGGUCCCACGCAAGAUGUUUUUCCUCUCAGGACACGUCUGCCUUAUGAAGAAAAAGUGGUUGCUUUUGCACGCGUUUUCCCUACCCGCUUCAGAAACAUUGCGCUUUUUCUUCGAUGAAGAAAAAUCGAUUGACGAUAAAUUUCGCCGACGUUUACUCAAUAUGCACAGCUGUUCAUGGUGGGGAGAUUUUCCUUAUAUAGACUGUGUUAAUGGUGUUUAUCGGAUUUUCUUCGCGUAACCGCUCCGAUGGAAGCUAGUAUCCCAAGAUUUUCCAAGAUUGCCUUCGGGAUUCUUCUUCUGUUCACAUGUUUCUCGUCGCAAACUGAAGCAACAUUUAAGCUGGAAAGUUUCCAGCAAAAAUUAGUUGCUUUAAACAAGGUUCUUGACUACAUUAACAAUAGACCACAGCAGAUGAAUGCAGAUACUAUUUUCGGUGUUACAUUAUGUGAAGCUAAUUUGAUGACGGCACUUUUGCAUGAGAAUGUACAAUAUUUGAACAAUACAGUCUUUACUGCUCUUAAUGAAGUAACUACAUUAUCCGAUUUGACUAGAAGAAAUUUGAUGAAUAUUGUUACUCCGACGAAUAAAACAGAGCAUUUUCUUCAAUCAGUUUUAAAUGAUCCCAUCAUGUGGAUAAAACCUCUAUUAUGGACAAAGCUUUUUCCAAAAGUGAAACUCAUUCCAAAUCAAAAAUUAAACUAUUUGAAAGUCAUUAAAUCGAUGUGGUAUGGAGCACCUAAUGAAACAGAAAGUGAUGAAUGUUUAGUCAAAAUUGCACACAGUGGUUCAAACAAAAAGUGUCAAAUUCCUGAAACUUGCAUUGAAAUAUUAAUGAGGAAUGAUGGUACUACAGGAUAUCCUCUCACGCAUAGAUUGCUGAUUAUUCAAAUCGCUAGAAUGUUUGGAUGCCAAGAAAUUAAAUUGGCACAGUUUUCUCAUUUGGUACCUACAUAUUGUGCCAAAAUUCUUCAGAAUCUUAUCGAUCUUGAAGCAUGGAAUUUUCCAAUUGUUGCAAGAGACCUUAUGAUUGAACAAAUCGUUUUAUGUGGUAUGGAAGGUUACUAUGAAUUCAUCGAUAAACACUAUGAAGAUCUAAUAUUAAGCUGGCCUCAUUCAAGCGGUUGCUUUGGUUUUCAGAAAUUUGGUAAAGAACACAGAAUCACCCGACGAUCAUCAUCGCAAACCGAUUUUGGAUGUGAAAAUCAUACAACAGGCGCUGCUGCUGCAGCGCUUGCCUUAUUUAUUCGAGAAAAUAUAGAAAAUGCAUUCAGGCAAUCUGAAAUUGUUUAAAAAUGCGUCUCAUGUUGACGAUCUGAAAAAGACAAUUCCUUUCAGAUAAAUGUAUCAUCCAUAUCUUUUAAGAUUUAUAAAC